AGGGUGGACUGUGAGGGUCAGAGAGAGAGCGUGAAGGCGAGUAAAAGGAAGCUUCAGCAUAACAGUGCAGGAACAGGGACGCUGCGAGCACAGCGCUGGAGAAAGAUGGAGGUCUACACUGUUACGGUAGCAACUGGUACUUCAGAGUAUUCAGGCACCAACAACUACAUCUAUGUGACUCUUGUGGGGGAGAAAGGGGAGAGUGAGCGCACUCAGCUGGACAACCCUGGACUGGAUUUCUGUCGAGGAGCCGUGGACGAGUACAAGGUGACCAGCCCGUCACCUUUGGGCUCCGUGCUAUUGGUCAGACUGGAGAAACAAAGAUACUGGGUGGAAGAUAACUGGUUCUGUCGCUAUGUGACUGUGGAGCCUGCAGGUGGAGGCAAAGUGCUGACAUUCCCUUGUUACCGAUGGUUUAUAGGUGAUGUCAAGGUGGAGAUAAGAGCAGGAACAGCAAAGACAGUGAUGGAGGACUCCUUACCCCAGCUGCUGGCACACAGGAAGAAUGAACUGCAGGAGCGACAGAAGACUUACAGAUGGGUUACAUGGGCUCCAGGGAUCCCCAGAUGCAUUGAUGCCCCAACAGAAGCCGAUUUACCCCAAGAUGCACGCUUUGACAAUGAGAAGAGGAGUGAUUUUGAACAUUCUUUGCAUUAUGCCUUGCUGGAGUUGUCCCUGAAGAAGCUAACCAUCAGGUUUGGGAAGUCCUGGGAUGACCUUGAGGAUUUCAAACGCAUCUUUUGGAAGUUGAGAAGCCCCAUAGCUGAAUAUUGUAUGAAACACUGGAAGGAGGACUGGUUCUUUGGCUACCAGUGUCUAAAUGGUUCCAAUCCAAGGAUGAUCCAGAGGUGCAAAAAGCUGCCGGAGAACUUCCCUGUUACAGCAGACAUGGUGCAGAGCUCUAUGGCUGACAGGACCAACCUGGACAAAGAGCUGAAGGCAGGAAAUAUAUACUUGUUGGACUACGCCAUCAUGGAUGGGAUUCCCAGCAACACAAUCAAGGGUAAACCUCAGUACAUCGCUGCUCCGCUCUGCCUCCUGUACCAGCACCCAGAUGAGGGACUUAUACCUAUUGCUAUACAGCUUGACCAGACUCCAGACCGCGACACGCCCAUCUUCCUGGCUAAAGACCCACCUCUGGCCUGGCUAUUGGCUAAGAUGUGGGUGCGUCACUCUGAGUUCCAGGUAUUCCAGCUCCUUUCUCACCUGCUCAGGACUCACCUGGUGGUAGAGGUGGUUUGUGUGGCCACUUUGAGACAGCUGCCUGCUGUGCACCCCAUAUACAAGCUCCUGGCCCCUCAUCAGCGCUACACUCUAGAGAUCAACUGUAGGGGGCGCACUCAGCUCAUCUCUGAGAAUGGCAUCUUCAAACGGGUUGUGUCCACAGGUGGUGAUGGCCUGCUGAUUUUGGCACAGAGGGAGUACAAAGUGCUGACCUACCGCUCCCUUCAGCCCCACUAUGACUUCAGUGACAGAGGAGUGUCCCAGCUCCCAAACUACUUCUACAGAGAACACAGUCUGAUGCUGUGGGAGGCCAUACACAGUUAUGUCUCCGGUAUUGUGAGCCUGUACUACCAGUCAGAUCGUGAUGUGCAAGAGGACCUGGAGCUGCAGGCCUGGAUCAGAGACAUCGCUGAGGAGGGUUUCGCAGAGCUUCCAGACUUUGGUUUGUCCAGUAAGCUCAGCAGCAAAGAGGAACUCUGCACCCUGCUGGCAGUCGCUAUUUUCACCAGCACAGCCCAGCAUGCUGCAACUAACAAUGGCCAGUUUGACUGGUGUGCCUGGGUUCCCAACACCCCGUGCACCAUGAGACAGCCACCACCAACAGACAAAGAUGCUGUUACCAUGAACAUGAUUAUGGCCACCCUUCCUGAUGUCAGCCAGUCCUGCGUACAGAUGGCAAUCACAUGGCAUCUGGGAAGAGCACAACCAGAUGCAAUUCCUUUGGGCCAGUACACACAACAGCACUUCACCGAGGACCACGCCCUGGAGCUGAUCGAAAGGUUCAGAGCGGAGCUGAAAGCCAUCGAGAAGCAGAUUCUGGCUCAGAAUGAAGGCGUGGAGCUGCCGUACCUCUUUCUCCUGCCCAGCCGCGUAGAAAACAGCAUCACCAUAUAGAAAUGCCCACCAUCGCUCUGUGUGGUGCCAGUCUUUGCAGAUUUGUCUUUGUGUUCAUGACUGUUUUUAUUUUUCUUUAUUAACCAACAGAAACAAAAACAAAAGCUUAACCUUUGACUCAUUCAGCUGUGACUGUUCAUGUACUCUUCAUGCUUGCCCUGGAAGAGACCGCACUCCUUCUUUAUACGUAAAACUGCAUGUUUGAGAGCCGAGUACUCACUCUGUGUUCAUUAUGGGGAUUUAUUAUCGUGGCACAGAUAUGACCUUCUACAGGAGGGUAAGUUAAGACUCAUAGUUUGCAAAGCCUCAAUUUUAUUAAGCUAGUAAGAAAGCAGAACUUAUCCCAACAAUGCCACUCUUGGAUUGGUUUUAGAUGUAUUGUUUUUACUUAAGUCUAAUAAAUGUUUUAUGAAACUUAAAUGGUGUAAGUUAAAACAGAUCCUGAUGUAUCCAUGUACU